CCGCCGCUGCUGCUGCUGCUGCUGCCGGGGUUGCAUCAUCCAGCCCCCGACGGCGCGGCCGCCCAGACAAAGGCUCUCCCCACUCAACCAUGCAGCGCCUGAGACCCGGGCAGCGGGAUCUGCCCCCUUCCAGGGCGGGAUCCCUUGCAUAGAUCCACCCCGCCCCCCACCCCCAGCCUCAGGGAUCCGGCGCACCCCCAGGACGAAAGAUCACCCCCCUCCGGAUCGGUUGGAAGAGCGCCGUCGGGGGGCUGCGUUGGCGAAGAUGAGUCUCGUGGCACCAGAAUUUCCAGCAGUAGCUUCUUUGCAGAAGAAACGUCUGGACUUCGACGAUGCCUCCGAAGGGGACGACCCGCAACCCAAGCGCCCGCGUCUGGGUCCGCUGCCGAGACUGACCCCUUGCCUCCAGCCCCUGGCUCUCUCCUCACCUGCUACGGACCAGGACCUGCGGGUCUCCCAGAUUGGCCCGUACCUCCUUCUGGAGACCACAGAGGGUGGCCGCUGCUACAGAGCUGUGCACAGACACACGGAGGCAGAGUAUACCUGCAAGGUUUAUCCAGCCGAGAACUACCCAGAGGUGAUGGUGCCCUACGGGGCCCUCCCGGCGCACCCGAAUGUCGCCCGCGUCGAGGAAGUGAUCGUCGGGGACCAGGACGUGUACGUCUUCUUCCAGUCCGGCAGAGGCGACAUGCACAACCACGUCCGGGCUCGCAAGCGCUUGGCCGAGCGCGAGGCCGCCCCGCUCUUCCGACAGAUGGCCGAGGCCGUUGCCCACUGUCACCGGCAUGGGGUUGUCCUACGGGACAUCAAGCUGAGGAAGUUUGUCUUUGUGGACACAGACAGGUCCCGGUUGGUGCUGGAGAACUUGGAGGACGCGUGCCUGUUGCCCGGUCCGGACGAUUCCCUGGAGGACAAGCACGCCUGCCCGGCCUACGUGGGCCCCGAAAUCCUCAGCUCCAAGGGCUCCUAUUCUGGGAAGGCGGCCGACGUUUGGAGCCUGGGGGUGGCGCUCUACACCCUGCUGGUGGGGUGCUACCCCUUCCAGGACACGAAGCCCGCCUCGCUGUUCAGCAAGAUCCGGCGAGGGCGCUUCGUGCUCCCCGAGGGCCUCUCUCCCAAAGCGCGCUGCCUCGUCCGCUGCCUGCUGCGGAGGAACCCCGCGGAGAGGUUGACGGCUGGCGACAUACUGUUGCAUCCGUGGCUGGCGGAAGACGGCGUCUCCGAGGGCCCCUGGGGCGCCUCGCCCGGGAACCGGGGGCUGGAGCAGGUGGUGCCGGAAGGGAGGAGCUCGCCAGAAAUCAGAGACGAGUGCGAAGAAGAGGAAGGCUUGUACAGCUGAGCCGGGAAGGAAGGCGGAAGAGGCGAGGAAAGCGCAGGGUCGUGGCCGGCCGGGCCUCAGGCGGUCGAAAGGAGCCGGUCUUCUCCCCACCUUAAUUCCGCUGCUGGGACUCAAACAAGAAGUGCCUUUGAGAAAAGACGGGAGUCGCUUUGAGCACGUGGUGCCUUCACAACCAAAUCAGGGAAGCGAGGAGGCCCGGCCUCUUUGGGGUGUUCUGCUCCGCAGGGAGUUCGCGUCCAUGUGCCAAAGAAUCCUUUUGGGACACCUGAUCGCCAGCCCCAAAUCUCUUGCUUUCAGAAAAGGAUGCCUUAUCCACUCGAGAGCCAGCGUGGUGUGGUGGCUAGGAGCAGGUGGGCUCUAAUCUGGAGAGCCAGGUUUGAUUCCUCGCUCUUCCACAGGAGCGGCGGACUCUUAUCUGGUGAACUGGAUUUGCCUCCCCGC